UCUGCGGAGUUUGGGCGCGGCAGAGUGGGGCGUGUCGCGCCACCGUCCCCAUGAAGAUGUGUCCCGGGGGCGGGGGCUGGCUCCGGGUGCGUCCAGGCAAGAGCCGGGACUCCCCGGCGCCGCAACGCCGGCCCCCGGGACUACCUUGGACCUCCCGGGCGCGCCCUCGGCUCGCGCGCGCCCCUCCGCGGUGGCUCCACCGCCCGGGAUGGUACGGUCCGGCAGCAGGGCCGCGCGCCGCCGCCCCUCGGUGAGCUGGUGUGGGCCGCCGCUAGCGGAAACGACCCUCUCCACUCGCGUGGUGCAGUGGUAAGCCUCGCCCCUCGCCUGCCGCCUGUUUUCUGGCGUGGAGUCUCGUCCGGUCCUUGCUCCCCCUCCCCGCCGCGCUUAGUGGUGGUGGCCGCGCCGAGUUCCGGUUCCGGUUGCUGCAGCCGCUGGCUGGCGGCGAGUCUGGAGAGAGCGCGCAGUUCGCGCCGCGGCUGGGCGCUUCCCUGUCGUCCCACUUUGUGGUUGCUGCAGCUUGGGGGCCUGUGCUGCCCCUGACUCCCCUUCUGGGCGAUGGUGCAGCCCGAGGGCGCCUCCAUCCCCCGCCGCCGCCGCUAACCCUGGUCCCCCACUCCAUGGCCGCCUCGGCGCCGCCCCCACCGGACAAGCUGGAGGGAGGUGGCGGCCCCGCACCGCCCCCUGCGCCGCCCAGCACCGGGAGGAAGCAGGGCAAGGCCGGAGUUCCUCAGAGCAUGGCUGAGAGAAAAGAGGUUGGGGAAACCUCAGGGAAACUUGUCUGCGUCUUCCUUUUGCCGCUCUUCCAGGUCUGCAAAUGAAGAGCCCAGAAAAGAAGCGAAGGAAGUCAAAUACUCAGGGCCCUGCAUACUCACAUCUGACGGAGUUUGCACCACCCCCGACUCCCAUGGUGGAUCACCUGGUUGCAUCCAACCCUUUUGAAGAUGACUUCGGAGCCCCCAAGGUGGGGGGUGCAGCCCCUCCAUUCCUUGGCAGUCCUGUGCCCUUUGGAGGCUUCCGCGUGCAGGGGGGCAUGGCGGGCCAGGUACCCCCAGGCUAUGGCACUGGAGUUGGAGGGGGCCCCCAGCCACUUCGUCGACAGCCACCCCCUUUCCCUCCCAAUCCUAUGGGCCCUGCUUUCAACAUGCCCCCCCAGGGCCCUGGCUACCCACCCCCAGGCAACAUGAAUUUUCCCAGCCAACCCUUCAACCAGCCUCUCGGUCAAAACUUUAGUCCUCCCAGCGGGCAGAUGAUGCCGGGCCCAGUUGGGGGAUUUGGUCCCAUGAUCUCACCCACCAUGGGACAGCCUCCCAGAGCAGAGUUGGGCCCACCUUCUCUGUCCCAACGAUUUGCUCAGCCAGGGGCUCCUUUUGGCCCUUCUCUCCAGAGACCUGGUCAGGGGCUUCCCAGCCUGCCACCUAACACAAGUCCCUUUCCUGGUCCGGACCCUGGCUUUCCUGGCCCUGGUGGUGAGGAUGGGGGGAAGCCCUUGAAUCCACCCGCUCCUACUGCUUUUCCCCAGGAACCCCACUCAGGCUCCCCAGCUGCUGCUGUUAAUGGGAACCAGCCCAGUUUCCCCCCAAACAGUAGUGGGCGGGGUGGGGGCACUCCAGAUGCCAACAGCUUGGCACCCCCUGGCAAGGCAGGUGGGGGCUCUGGGCCCCAGCCUCCCCCAGGCUUGGUGUACCCAUGUGGUGCCUGUCGGAGUGAGGUGAAUGAUGACCAGGAUGCCAUUCUGUGUGAGGCUUCCUGCCAGAAGUGGUUCCACCGUGAGUGCACAGGCAUGACUGAGAGCGCCUAUGGGCUACUGACCACUGAAGCUUCUGCCGUCUGGGCCUGCGAUCUCUGCCUCAAGACCAAGGAGAUCCAGUCUGUCUACAUCCGCGAGGGCAUGGGGCAGCUGGUGGCUGCUAACGAUGGGUGAUGCUGGCGAAGUGGCCCAGGGAAGUGCACAUGUCUCUCCCUGCUCUUCCAGGGUGAUUUUUUUGAUGUCUGGCUCUUGGUCCUUGUUUCCACUGGUUUUCCAUCCCCAUGGGGCAGAAACAGUUGCUCCUGGGAGCAGAAAAGGAAUUGAGGUGGGCAGGCAGAAGAGCCUGGAUUGCUCACUUUUUUGGGAAACUUACAUGUUGAGAUCUACAGAGAUCCAGGAAACCAAAGCCCUGCUGAGCAGAGCCAUUUUGUGGCUAUUUCUGGAGGCCCAGGAGUGUGGCUGCAAGAGAAGAGGGGCUGGAGGAAGAUCCGGAGGGCAGGGGUGUUCCCUCUGCUGAUGAUGGAUGCCCCUAACACCUGUGCCUAACACCCCUACCGAGCCCCACAGCUCCAGCCUUAGUUUUUGGAGUCAAGUGUUAAAGGUUUCUGGCCAGAGGAAUUGGGGUCUUGCCAUCCCUGCAAUAGCCCUUUUAUGGGCUCUGGGAGACAGCUUUAGGGAAUAAAUGGGGGUUUUCCCCUUUUUCUACCCACUCCUUUGCUUCCUCCAAGGCUUACCCAACCCCUGCCCUCUCAGAGAACCAAAUAGCCUGAAGAAGCAGGAGAGUUCCUGGUUAUGGCAGUUUCUUGGUGAUUGGGGCUUCAAGACAGUAGGUGAGAGAUGCUGUCAGGACAUACCUUCCUCAUACCAAAGUCACUGGUCCUUUCUCAGCCUCUCUUAUGCUUUUCUCCUAAUGACCAUAUUUUUGCCAAAAAUUGGGAUAUGUUAUCUGACAGACCAGAAUAUUUGAAGUUUGGGCUGUCCUGAAAGUCUGGAUUUUGGUGGUACCCUCCUCCCCCAGCCCAUCUGUUGCACAUUAUACUCCGUGUGUUCUUCAACUUUCGGUGCCCUUAUUCCCCUGCCUUCCUGGCUUGAUUGAAGGAAAGCUUGAAAAGGCGCAGAGCCCUUAUACCUCAUUUCUUCCCUGAUAAAAGGAUCCAGGUGAGGUCCUGUCACAGCCUGUGGGUAGGGGAUGUGGCGGGAUCCUCAUUGCCAUGGUACUCAAAGGCAGAAGAGCCUGGAGUUUGUUGCUUCUCUGCUAUUCUUUCAUAUCUUGGGCCUGGUGAUUAGCAAUUCUCAUUCCUCUCAGCCAAAGGCCUGCACUGGGUUUUAUUUGUCCUUUUUCAUUUUUUAAGCACUGCCUGCCAGAGACGGGCCUGGGGCCUGAUGAGGACCUUAGCGCUGCUCGUUCUCCUUUUUGGUUCAUGCACACAUUCCUCUGUGGCGUGGGGAAAGCAGGCCCUCCUCAGAGAAGUCAGGGGUUCCCCGGCUCGAGGUAUAGUGGCAAAGACCUAGUGGUCCCCUACCCCCACAUCUCUCAGUUCCUGGCAUGAGGAGAGAAGACCUUGCCCUGGUGGAGCUGACAACCUUCGAGGCUGGGAGGAGAGAGCAGCCUCUGGGCAUCGUUCCCAGUGUCCCCCACACUAAAACGGUGUAGAUGGCAACACCCCCCGCCCGCCACCCCGCUGCUCACCUCUUGUGUUUGUGGUUCUGUUUGCCCCAUUUAUCUGUUGCUAUUUUUGUGUUGUCUUCCCCCGCUCCACAUUUUGUAAAAUGGCUCCUGGGGGAGUGUCUUUGCUGGAUCUGCUCCCUCUCGCCCUCUCACUCCACUACUUUUUGGAAGAAAGUGAUGGCAGAAUGCGGUGGUGGUGGGGGGUCUUUUGUACUGUUGGAUUAAUAAAAUGACUAAAAUCCCAGA